AUGGUGUCUCUGCUGCCACCUGUGGGUACGGAGGUCUUCAGACACUUCACGACGGCCUCACAGGAAGUCCAACAACAACAUGUAACUGGGGCAAAGGAGCGAAACACGUGGAAGAAUAAAUGGGUAACUCAGAAAAACCUGCCCAAACCAGCUGCUCACCUGGAGACUGGAAAGUCACUCCCCUUAAUCUAUGGGGACCUGCCCCCUCAGCUUCUCAACAUCCCAUUGGAGGAUCUAGAUCCCUUCUACCAAUCACGCAAGACCUUCAUGGUUCUCAGUAAAGGAAACAUCAUUAACAGGUUUAGUGCUGACUCGUCUUGUUACCUGCUGAGUCCAUUCAACCCGUUGAGGACCCUCGCAAUCAAGACCCUUCUUCAUCCUUUCUUCAGUAUAUUCAUCCUACUGGCGAUCCUGGGCUUCGGUGUUCUGGAGUUCAAAUUUCCUGUGGUGAAAUUGGUGUCACAGUUCGUAGAUUUGGGGAAGUUUGCUGUGCUGAUGACGAUUUCUCUGCUGCUGAAGAUCUUCACAUGCAGCCGAGGUCUGAAGAAGACAGUCGAAGCUCUUGUCCAAUCGGUGAAGAGGCUUGGUUGUGUCAUCAUCCUGACGUUGUUCUGCCUGAGCAUCUUGGCUAUGAUUGGUUUACAGCUCUUCAUGGGAACCCUGAAGAACAAAUGUGUCAUCUGGUCGAUGAACACAAACACGACAGAGUUCGAUUUCCACAACCACACCACCUCUCCAGAAAACUAUUACUACAUUCCUGGACAUCCUGAUCCUCUGGUGUGUGGAAACCAGUCAGACGCUGAGUGGUGUCCAGAUGGUUUCACCUGUGUGAAAGCAGGAAGUAACCCAAACUUCGGAUACACCAGCUACGACUCGUUUUUCUGGUCUCUGAUGUCACUUUUCAGACUCAUGAUGCAUGACUUCUGGGAAGGCCUGAUGCAGUUGACGUUGCGAACUGCAGGAAAAUCCUAUCUGAUCGUCUUUCUGUUCGUCUUCUUCCCGGGUUGUUUCUUCCUGCUCAGUCUCAUUUUGGCAGUGGUUGUUGUGACACGAGCGGAGCAAGAAGAGACUCAAGAUGCCGAGGCCAUACAAAGAGAAGAAGAGUUCGGACGGAUUGUGGAGGUGCUGAAGAGGAGAGAGGAGGAGGAGCAGGCUUCCAGCAGGGCAGAGACUCCAGAGCAACAGGACUCACUGCAGAAGAAGAAAUCAGCUGGUAUACGAGCUACUAAGCAAGAAUACGUUGAAGAGGCAGAGGAGCACCACCGGCCUUUGUGCUGCACCUGCACUGACGCCUUCCUGAAGGGGGACUGUUGUGGCUGCUGGCGAUGGCUCAAACAGCAGUUUCACACUUUUAUCACGAACCCUUUCUUUGACCUGGUCAUCAUCAUCUGCAUCAUUGUUAGCACCAUCUUCACAGCCAUGGAACAUUACCCUAUGAUGGAGGAGUUCAUGGAGACCCUGGUCAUCGCUGAGCUGGUGAGUGUUGAAGAAGUGUCUGCAGACCCUGUUAUCUCCUACUUGGUUAAUUUAAUGGCAGCUUCUUCACUGCAGGCUAAAAUCAGGACUUUUCCAUUCUGCUCCCUUAGUUUGGUGUAGACUUGAUCAGUCGGAGGGACCAUAUGUUCUUCUUCGAUGUGCCUCCAUGACCAAUUUAGUGAUGAAUGCUUUUAGCGGGUUCUUCAGCCACCUAGCAAGAGUGGUUUAAAAUGUCCACUCAGAGCAAUUACAUCACAAAUGGUAACAAACCAACGGUACAAACCUGUAAACGACCUGCAUAACUGAGAGGAAAAGCAGCACAGUGAGGUAAAAAUGUAACGGGGGUACAGUAUAAACCUCUGGCAAGUCUCGAGAAAAGUAAGGAUCAGCUGGGAUUCAGAGGGAGCUUUACUGAGGUUUAUUUACAUCGUGAGUCUUUGCAGUAACAGUGAUGC